CUUCCACGGCCACAGUGAAGCCCUAAGCCCCAGCCCCCGUCGCCCCCACCCUCGACCGCCCGCCGCCUGGACGUCCUCUCCGUCCGCGGCCAGCCUGUGCGGGGCGCCGGCCACGUCUCCAUCCGCGUCCUGCCUCCCUUGCGGCGGCGAGAAUGGCUGCGGAGGCUGCAGCCCUAGAAGCGCCAUCACUCGAGAGGCCCUCACCGCGGGAAGCCACCCUCGACGACGAGACACGGGCCCUCGUCGUCCCCGACGCUGCUGACCUCCCGGCGUCUCCCCCCUCCGCCGUCGAGGCUAACUUCGCGCGCUACUUCAUCGCUGAUUUUCCGAAUCCAGGGCAUGAUCAGUAUGUGUACCGUCAUCCAAACGGAUUGUGUGUGGUUGGUUUAGCUCCAGCCCACGUUGCAUUUAAAGAGGAAGGAGGUAUAACCGCUGUUGACUUCAAUGUUGGCAAGUCAGAUCGCAGUGAGAUGAAAGUCACGGGCAAACGCAAAAGGAAUGCACAACAUUUGCAAGAAAACUCAGCGCUGUGCAAGGUUUGUGUAAAUGAUAAGUCCUUUGUCGUGAGAUGCUGUGUUAAAGGCUCCCUUUUGGAGAUUAAUGAUAGACUGAUCAAACAACCAGAUCUUCUUAAUACUGCUGCUGAUAGAGAAGGAUAUAUAGCAAUCUUCCAGCCAAAACCAGCUGACUGGCUCAAAAUUAAGGAUAAAUUUCUUAGUUACGAGGACUACAAGAACUUGAGAGGAGUUUGCUGACAGCCUGACACCAGGCAUUCAAAAGGAGUUUUGAAGAUAAGCCAGUGCUUAGGUGUGAUUCAACCACGGUGUGAUGGUAUAUUUAUAAGUUUCAUCAGUUAGCUACUGCAUACUGUUACUCGGUGCUUCUCAGCCUACAAAACAUGGAAACUGGGACCCUGUUGACCUCCCAAGUAUCUGCACUGGACUGGACUCAUGUUAUUCAACUUAUCAGUGACUCAUAUGUCUGCUCAUUUGAUGAAAAGGCGCUGACAAUGUUUGCUUUAUUCCUUUUGUUGGAAAGUUGAUGUACAAGGACUCGGUCAUUUGUGGCUAUGCCUUACUUCCCAAUGUAUCAACUGAUGCGUUGGCACCAAUUUAUCAAAGUUAGCCAUCUCCAUCUCUAGCCAUACAAAACUGGUAUAAGAUCAAUGCACUGUAAAAGCAGAAGUUUUUUUUUUUUGAGGUACACAGAUGAAGCGAGUUUUGAAA